AUGGCGGCCGUGGCUGCAGAGCCCGGAGCUGCGGCUCCGACAAUAACAACCGGAGCAGCGGAGGAAGAGGGAGGACCGGAACCGGGCCCGGUGGCUCCGGUGGGCCCGGUGUCUCCGGUGGUUUCGGUGGUUCCGGGAAAACCGGAAGCACCGCUGCAGAGCGAUGGGACGCUGAGUAACGUGAACCCGGCCUGCAAGCAGCCUGCAGCCCGGGAGCAGCGCGGGGACCGGGCCCCGGUGCUACCGGAGCUACCGGAGCUACCGGAGCUACCGGGACCAGACCAGCUGAUCAAUAACCUCCCGGUGCUACCGGGACCAGACCAGCUGAUCAAUAACUUCCCGGUGAGCCGGUCUGGACCCGGUGUACCUGGCAGCAGCCUGCAGGACCCGCAGCCCUCCGCAGUGUUCCUGCUCUCCCCCCCGGUCACGGUCCCGGUACCGGAGGCCGGACUCUCUUUGGACGAACCGGCGGAACCGACAGACCGGGACCGGGACUACACGGAGCUAAGACCCGGUCCGGACCCGGAGGGGCUGCAGGACUCCUCCCCCGGAGAGGGGGGGCCGGGACCAGGACCCGUCCAGAACCUGAACCUGGGCUCCGAGGUCCGGGUCUGCCUGGAUCACGUCAUAGAUGACGCGUUGGUGGUUUCCUUCCGGCUGGGAGAGAAAGUGUUCUCAGGUGUGCUGAUGGACGUCACCAGAAGGUUUGGACCGUACGGUAUUCCGAUCACAGUUUUUCCGAGGCGGGAUCGUCCUUCUCUUCAGUCGGACUCCAUAAAACAGGAAGAGGUCACAGUCAGCCCCCCCCCUCCUCCCCCCCCAGUCCAGUCUUGGACCUCCAAACCGCCGCCGCUGUUCCAGGAGGGGGCGCCGUACCCCCCCCCUCUGCUGAUCAGGGACACGUACAACCAGGCGUUACCUCAGCCGCCGCCGCGGAAGAUCAAACGGCCGAAGCGGCGCUACCGCAGCGAGGAGCCGACCUCCAUCAUGAACGCCAUCAAGCUCCGCCCCCGCCAGGUGCUCUGUGACAAGUGUAAAGGCGUAGUGGCGUCCGGCGGCCACCGGGAGGCUCGGCGCGGCCCCGUGGACCUGAGGGGCGAGGAGGCGUCCCGGCGGCGGCGCUCGGCCGACGGUCCGAUCUCGUCCGAGGUGAAACGGCUGCGGAGCGACGAUAAGGGAAGCCGCGGCGCCGCGUCGUCAGGGAUACGCGUGACAUCAUCGUCUCACCGCGUCCUGAGGGGCGUGGCUUCAUCUCCGGCGACCUCGUCCGGCCGCGUGCGGCUGAAGCUCAACUCCAAGAAGGUUCUGACCAAAGGUUCUACCGACCGGUCCAAAGCUCGGCAGGUUCUCAAGAAGCUGGCGAGGAGCUCGCAGCCGCCGUCGCACCGCCGGCCCAAAGACCAGAACCAGAACCAGAACCUGGACCAGAGCCAGGACCAGAGCCAGAACCAGGACCGCACCAAGGCCGUAACCCGAGCCGCCGCCCUGCAGAACCACAACCAGAAGGUCCACUUCACCCGCCGGCUGCAGCAGCUCGGCGGCGCCGCCGUCGGACUGAACUCGGCGCUGCCGCCCAGAAUGCGGCUCAAACCUCAAAGCGCCACGUCUCUGAAGAGCUGCUGAGAAUCCUGAGCUGUGAUUGGCUGAGAGUCUGUGGGCGGAGUCAGAGCGGCCGAUGAUCAAUCAAUCAAUGAUUAAUAAUUAUUUAAAUGAAGAGUUUAUAUUUAUAAUGAGCGUUUCCAUGGAGAUCAGAUCAAUUACAGGUUUAUGUUGCGUCCUCCAAUCAACACACUGAUUAAGCAAUCAUCGACCAAUCAGUGAACAGAUUAACUUUUUAUUUUUUAUGUUGAUGCUGAGUUUUCCCAUUUUUUCUGACACACCUGAACACUCCUAAACCUGGGGACAGACAGGUAGAGAUAGACAGGUGAGACACACAGGUAGAGACAGACAGGUGAGACAGACAGGUAGAGACAGACAGGUGAGACACACAGGUAGAGACACAUGUGAGACACACAGGUAGAGACAGACAGGUGAGACAGACAGGUGAGACAGACAGGUAGAGACACAUGUGAGACACACAGGUAGAGACAGACAGGUGAGACACACAGGAGAGACAGACAGGUGAGACACACAGGUAGAGACAGACAGGUGAGACAGACAGGUGAGACAGACAGGUAGAGACAGACAGGUGAGACACACAGGUAGAGACACAUGUGAGACACACAGGAGAGACAGACAGGUGAGACACACAGGAGAGACAGACAGGUAGAGACAGACAGGUGGAGACACACAGGUAGAGACAGACAGGUAGAGACAGACAGGUAGAGACACACAGGUAGAGACAGACAGGUGAGAUAGACAGGUAGAGACAGACAGGUGAGAGAGACAGACAUGUAGAGACAGACAGGUGAGACAGACAGGUGAGACAGACAGGUAGAGACAGGUGAGACACAGGUGAGACACACAGGUAGAGACACAGGUGAGACAGACAGGUAGAGACAGACAGGUGAGACACACAGGUAGAGACAG